UAAUUUUCAAAAUUAGAGGAAGGAAGGACGGCAAUACGAAUUUCCUCAUGUCUUACUUAAGUCUAAUUUUAUACAUGGCCAUAAUUUGUUUAUUGAAUUUACAUAUUUGCAACUUUUAAAAGUUCCUUUUUUCUUCUUUCACAAGUCCACAUCUCCUUUUCUUCUUCUUCUUCAUUCUCUCCUUCACUCUUUCUCUCUUUCUUCCUCCAUGAAUUUUCAAGAUCUUGAUCAUUCAUUAGGUAAACUACAAACAAGAAAGAAAAAUGCUACGAAAAUUGCCCCCUUCGUCGCCCUCGCCAUCUUGUUCACUCUCAUCCCUAUAUACUAUCCUUCUAUGCACCCUAAAAAACUCUCACAAGUUCUUUCUUCUUCUUCAUUGGUACCACUUCCAGAUUCUAACACACAACACCAAUCCAACAAUAGUAGUACAACACAACAAGUUAACGUGACCAAAAGUGAUGAUCAUGUCUCCGUGGCGCCUCAAGAAGCAAAGAUUAUUAAUAGUACUGAUGAAAAAUGCGAUUUAUUUUCAGGGGAAUGGGUAGAAAAUCAAGAAGCUCCAUAUUAUACAAAUAAGACAUGUUUUACAAUUCAAGAACAUCAAAAUUGCAUGAAAUAUGGUAGGCCUGAUACUGAUUUCUUGAAGUGGAAAUGGAAACCUGAUCGAUGUGAGCUGCCUAUAUUUGAUGCACAUCAAUUUCUUGAAUUUGUUAGGGGAAAAUCAUUGGCCUUUGUUGGAGAUUCAGUUGCAAGAAAUCAUAUGCAAUCAUUGAUAUGCCUAUUGUCUAAGGUUGUGUACCCCAUAGAUGUUUCAAAUUCGACAGACCAAGAAAAUAGACGUUGGGAAUAUAGAGAUUACAACUUCAACAUGUCCAUAUUUUGGGCACCUUAUUUGGUAAAAGCAAAUAAAACGGAGCCCAAUAACAUAUAUCAACCUUUUAAUUUAUAUCUAGAUGAACCUGAUGAAUCUUGGAGCACCAAAAUCCAAGAUUUCGAUUAUGUAAUCAUCUCAUCUGGCCAUUGGUUUUCCCGUCCAACUAUGUUCUACUUAAACCACACCCUAAUUGGCUGUCUUUUCUGCUCGCAACCCAAUGUUAGCCAAAUGACAUCAUUUUUCAGCUACCAAAAGGCUUUUCACACGGCUUUUCAGGCCAUUAACAACCUAAAAAAUUAUAAGGGUGUGACGUUUCUGAGGACAUUUGCCCCGUCUCAUUUUGAAGACGGGGUUUGGGAUAAAGGAGGAGAUUGUGUUAGGACGACCCCAUUUAAGAGGAACGAAAAGGUAUUGGAUGAUUAUAGCUUGGAGUUUUACAAGAUUCAAUUGCAAGAACUUAUGGUUGCUCAAAAACAAGGAAAAAUGAGAAAUUUGAAAUUUAGGCUAUUUGAUGCAACACAAGCAAUGUUGUUGAGAGCAGAUGGUCAUCCUAGUAAAUAUGGACAUUGGCCCAAACCAAAUGUUACAUUUUCAAAUGAUUGUGUCCAUUGGUGUUUGCCAGGCCCAAUUGAUGUGUGGAAUGAUUUCUUACUUGAACUCAUGAAAAGGGAGGAAAGUCAUAGAUAAUAUUUUAUUAUCUUUUUUAUUUGCCAUUUUUCUAAAGGAAAACUUUUUUUUUUAUAAUUAUUAUUCACAAUUGUUAUAUUA